UAUCGUCGGAAUUAGCGUACCUCAGAACUCUUCUUUGCUUGGUUUUCGUGUAUGGCUGGUUGCAACCGCGAACGUUGUAAAAGAGCACCAGUCUACGGAGGAUGGACUGGUAGUUUUGCCUAAUCAUAAAACCCCCAAAAUUCACAUCAAAACCCUAACAUCAACGUCCAUAACUUCAUCUGAAUUUUUUUUCCAAUUGGGACAUCGAAUAUUUGGAAGAUUCAGCAUUGAUAUUUCACGUAUUCAGUUUCAGUUCUGAAGUUGGAGAAUGUUGAUGGGACGAGCAGAGGGUCUAUCAGAACCUGGAUCAUCAAGGGAUCACCUACUUUCUGAUCCUGAACCGGAGUUUGAUGAUGGUGAUGAUGGAUCUAUUUCUGAACAGAUAUUGUACACAGCUUCGUUCGAGGAACUUGGAGAAAAUACUUUGAAGUAUGACACUGUUAUAUGGGUUUCCAUAUCAUUGUUGCUGGUCUUAGCUUGGGGAGUCGGUAUCCUUAUGUUGCUAUAUUUGCCCGUUAGAAGAUAUGUGCUUCAGAAGGAGAUUUCUUCACGUAAACUCCAUGUUACACCCAAUGAAAUAGUUUAUAAGGUUUCAAGGCCUUCAUUCGUACCCUUUUGGGGAGUAACAGCAAUUGAGAAGCGUGUUCCACUUUCCAUGGUGAUUGAUAUCAUCAUUGAACAAGGUUGCUUGCAGUCUGUUUAUGGAAUUCAUACAUUUAGAGUUGAAAGUAUAGCAAGUGGAAAAGCGGCACCAGUAGAUGAGCUACAAAUUCAAGGUGUUGAUAACCCUGCACUUCUAAGGAAGGUCAUAAUAACUGAAGCUGCAAAGAAUAUGCAAGAUGUUGGAAAAGGCUGGAAACCUGCUACUUACACAGGGGAAGGGGAGAGUAUGUCUAGAACAGUAUCAUUGAGUGAGGGACCAGCUGUUUUUAAAUCACCCACCAAAAGCUGGAAGAUGACAGCUUCUCCACGCUAUACAUCUAUGGAGCCUAGAAGUGCAGUACCUAGUGAAGUGUUGCUAAAUAAGCUUGAAGAAGUCAGUAGAUCAGUAAAGAAAAUUGAGUUGCUAAUUGAGAAUUCCCAGACUGCCCCGGAAAGCAGCCAGGACUAAAUCAAUAUCCAAGGUCUUUCCAGAAUCCAAUCAUCAGGGUAGAAGCCAGUCUGGUUACAAAAGUAACCAAAGAAGUAGUUCCGUGGAGCCCUCGGGGAAAAAUUGCGGUAACCGGCUAACAAGUAGGGCUGCUUGCUUCAUGGAUUAAUGCAUAGAAUGCAAUUAGGAUUUUUGUUUCCCUAAAACUUUUUAAACCUGGGGUAUCGAUUGGCUUUUCUUUUCGUUUAAGACAAUUUUCAUAUGUAUUCUUCUUACAGUUUUGAUGUUGUAGAGAAUUCUACCAUGGGAAUGUUGCUAACUUCCAUUUUUUUGUAAA